AGUACUUUAAAUUCAACAACUGUAUUAAUAGUAAAUAGAUUUAGAGGAGUUCAUACCAUGAAACUGAUAAUUGAAAACACAUAUUUUAUUUGUUGUAAUGUUGGAAUUAAAGAAACAUCUCUUGCAGUGUACCCAAAACAAAACCAGCAUAACAUUUAAGCAAAUCCUGUUGGAUCAGUUUACCUCUGUUUAACGUUUUCUGCAGAAAAAAGGGGCAUUAAGCAUGUAUUACCCGUGAAUUUUUGAUCAUUUUAAAGAUGUAAUUUGAUCCACUGUAGCAGUGAAAGUAGAUUCCAGCUCAUUAAUAUUUGACCGGAAAGAAAUCCAGCAGUGGCAGGAAUUACACAGAUGACAGCCGCCAUGAACACAAACGCUGCAAUAGACGAGGGAGCUCAGAGCGUGAAAGUGGAAGUUGUACUCACUGCAAGUUCAGAGAGUUUAAUUAUAAGUGAGGACGGCUGUGGAGUUGAGUACAAGCCAACUAAAGCUGAGGACAGAAAGUCCUUCACGUUUGAUAAGGCGGUAACUGCUGAGAACAUUGAGCUCCUCCACUCUGCACUCCUGCAGACUCUAAGUGAGUCCAUGCUGAGUGGGUUUAAUGCGUCGCUGCUGGCAUGUGGAGCUUCCACAGAGAUGGUCCAGGCUCUAAACAACAACAGUCUUCUGAGAAAGAUUCUGACAAACCUGUUUAGCUGUAUGACAUCACACAUGACAGAUGACUUUUUUGUGUCUGUGUCAUUUCUUCAGUUUUUUCCAGAUGGCAGUACAGUUGAUCUCUUCAACCACAACAACCAGACUUUGCAGCCUCUGACACACCCGGUCCUUGGAAGGUUAAGAAAGCUAAUGUUUAGGAUCAUACAGUAAAUUAAAUGAUGCAUGUUUCUCCUUUUCCCUAGUUUUGUGGGAGGUUUAAGUGAGGUGAGCGUGUGUUCUGCAGAAGAGGCAUAUGCUCUGUAUGAAACAUGCAUGGAGGCAAUGAAAACCAACUCUGGUGCUGUUUCCAACCGCUGCAGCGCCCUGUUCUCAGUGCUCCUGGAACGGAAACUCCAUCCGGAGCAGGAGGAGUCAGAGGAGUCGGAUGUCUGCCGCAGCCGGCUGCAGCUGUUCCACCUGGCAGGAGGAGCCAGCAGGACUGACCUCAGAGGGUUAAACCCACUAGUGAAGACUAUGGACCAAAUCCAUUCUGCAGAUGCAGUCAACGAUAACCUCCUACUUUUCCUCCUCAAAGAGGCUUUAACGGGAAAUAACCGAACGUUUCUAAUUUACUGCAUUAAUCCAGCAGGUCUUCUGGAUGAUGAAACCCCCGCUGCUUUGGAUUUGGCGCAGAAAACCAGCAGACUGGUAACUAAAAGCUCCACAGGAUGCUGGAGUCCUAAAGCAGCUGAGCGGGAGAUCCGUGAGCAGAUCCUUGAUCUUCAAAACACCAUUUUGUCACGGAGAGAGGGAGAAGUUUCCAACAUUUACAAGCUGGCUGAGCUGACCCAAAUCCUACAGGCUGUUAAAAAUCAAUCCUGGGGAAAAAGGAAAGAGGAAUCUGAGAGGAUAAAAAUCCAAUUCAAGCAGUGCUACAACCCCUCAAAAAUGAAUCAGCUGUUGUCUAGAGGUCAUCCCACUGACCACACAGAGAUCACACAAACAGUGAAACGCCUUCAGGACCAACUGAGACAGGAAAUGGAGGAACAUAUUAAAGAUGGGAAAGGAAGUAUAGAGAAAAUCCAGGAGAGAGUGAUGAGAAUGAAGCAGCUGAAGGAGAUUCUCAGAGAAGAGACGCUGAGGAAGGAAGCCGUAGGAGCACAAAAUCAGCUUCCUCCACAAUCUCAGUUGGAACACAACGAAGCGCAGCAGCGGAGGAGGCAACUUAAGGAGGAUCAUGGAAGAUUAAUUCAGGAGGAGGUGGAGAAGAUGGAAAGAGACUUGGCACUAGAGCAACUACCGCAGGAGAGUCCUAUGAGAGAGCUGCAGGUUCUGAGCAGGGAGAGGCAGGUUCUGGUGCUGCAGAUAGAGGCCCUGCGUGCUGAGGCCCAGCAGGCUGAGAGAGACCUGGAGGAUCAACAUGACCGACACCAAACAGAGCUGCAGUGUCUGAAGGAGGAGAGCCUGCAGGUGUUUCGGAUGUUUCGUCAGGUGUGUGAGGAGCAGAGGAAGCUUUCAGAGAGCAGGUACAGAGGCGUGCUGCUGGAAGCUGUGCACGAUGCUGUUUAUUUGUCUGCUCAAAACCAGCAGCUGCAAGCUGACAACCAACACCUUCGUAAAGCACUAGGAGAGAUAAAAGAUGCUCUAGCAGCAAGAGGGGAUCCUAUAAUUCAUGUAACUUCCCAGCAGCAAUGACUAAUCUGCUGUUUGAUGUUGCUGAAUAAAUACACUGUUGACAAUUUA